AUAUUUUGACAAUUCAUAAGGUUAAGUUAUGAAAAGUUCAGAACAAAUUUCCCUUUUUCUUACAGUUAAUAUAUCUUAAAUCAUGUUCUUAGAUAUGUAAUUUAUUUGUACGUAUUACUGUAACACUGAAGAGAUUGUUAUAAAAACAAUUCAUUAAUUACAGGUAGACACUCUCUUUUGUCAUUUCUUCCGAAUAUUGUGUGUGGAUUCAGGAUGCAAGAUGCAGUUUAAUAUGCUACAAAUAAUUGCUGGUUUGGGUAUUCUUGUGUCGACAGUAUUUGGUUUAAUACAAGAAGAUAUAAUACCACCACUGCUACAAGAUUGUUACUCUAGACAUGAACAUUUAAUGACAGCAUCAAACGAAUACGCUAUUCAAACUGACUGUCUUCAAACUUUUCUUAAUACAACGUACGGAGCCAAGACUUUUCUUACUUUAGAUGAAACCGCUUUGAAAUGGUUUGAUUCCCUUGGGAUGAAAUCUCAUCGUCGAAUGAAGCGACAAGCACGCAAGCGACGCAGGAGUGAAAUACGCACACUGAGUAGCUACGAACUCCGAGCCUUUUUUAAUGCAAUAAAUGCUUUGAAACGUGAUCAGUCUGUCUCACCAAACAAGUAUGAUGUAUUCGCCUUAAUGCACCAAACACUAGCACUGCCAUCAGCUCACCGAGGUCCAAACUUUGUUAGUUGGCAUAGAUACUAUCUCGAACUGUUUGAGAAUGCGUUAAAAGAGAAAAAUAUAAGAGUGACACUGCCUUACUGGGCUUCAAACUUAGAGCAUGAAAUGGACGACCCGACUGAUUCAGUAUUUUUUACAAGCAUGUUUGUUGGAAAUGGGGUUGGACGAGUCAUCUAUGGACCAUUUGCAAACUGGACAACACCAGGGGGAGGAUAUUUGCAGCGAAAUAUUGGAGCCAGACGAAGUUCACUCAUUAAUGCCACUGCACUGCGUAGCGUAUUCCAAAAGCGUUACAAUAGAGAAAUCUUAAGUCCUACUGCAACUAGCAACAUAGAAAAUCUGGAGAGGCAUCAUGACAGCGUACAUGUAUGGAUAGGUGGUCAAAUGAGUGGAACAUCUACUAGUCCCCAAGAUCCAAUCUUUUUCUUGCAUCAUUGUUAUAUCGAUUAUUUGUGGGAAGUCUUUAGGAAACGACAAGCACGAUUGGGAAUAAACCCAUAUACAGAUUAUCCCGAAACAACAAAUCGAUUUCACCAACCGAAUAGAAUAAUGGACAACUUACGGCCACCAAAACGCAAUAUUGAAGGGUACAGCAGUUAUUUUGCGAAAAUAAUUGAGUAUGCCGAACCACCGUCUUGUCCGUAUUGUGACAACAGAGAAUAUUUGAGAUGCAACAGAACGACCAAUCGUUGUCAAUCUAGAACAAGAAGUGAAUUUUUCGAAAUGAUGCUUGAAAAAACGAUUUAUAAAGAAACACCAUUAGUCAUACCACCAGCGGAACGAUUUGAAGCUACGAUAUUUGAUUUCAGAUCUGGCGGAGGAGGUGGUGGUGGCGGCGGUGGCGGAAAUGGUGGUGGUGGCGGCGGUGGUGGUGGCGGAGCUGGUGGUGGUGGUGGCGGCGGAGGAGGAGGAGGUGGUGGUGGUGGAGGCGGCGGGGGAGGUGGUCGGCGUAAGAAAAGAGCAAGCUCGGUUUAUAAAAGUGGUAAUGAUGGACAAGUAAACGUAUUAACAGGACGGUCAUUUAUGUAUGAUUCAAAAGGGGUCUCAGACGAUUCAAACCUUUUCAAGUGGGCUAUUGCCCCGAUUACUAUUAUUUUUGAAAAAACUCAAACGUCCAGAUUAAAUGAUAUUUCAAAUGUUAAUCGGAUCCCAGAAGACUUUGCAAACAACGGAAUAGGAAAAGUAUUUGAAACAUCUCCCUUUCCGGUUACUGUUGAAACAACUGGUUUCUCGUACAACGGUAAUUACGUGGACACUAUUGUAUUAGAUGAACGAUCGAUUAUGUCCAUGACACCUUUCUAUAUAGCCUUUCAAUCGCCUAUUCUAAAGGAGACAAAGGCUUAUGUUAGAGUAUUUGAUUCUAGAGGGAAGUUGUGCCAGCCCCAAUGUCUUAUUACCGGAUCUUACCCACCGAUCUACCAUCACUGCUCUGGGGUUAUAAAAGUCAACCAAUCGUCACCUAAAAUGUACUACAAGGAAUUAAGACUACUGACUGAAACUGAUUUGAUGAACACUUUGUUAACAGAUAGCUCUUUUUUAAGCUUUAAAUGCAUGCUUUAA